UUCGAGGCAUUGGACAAGCAGCUCAGCCGCGACACUCUUCUUCGACAGUUUGUUGAUAUUCAGCAUAUCAAGCGUACGGUCGAUAACGUCAGCAUGAAAGUGGAGAAAAUGGAGAAUACGUUGGAGAUGGUUUCUGUCGCAAGCAGUGGCAAUCACGAUUUGCAUUUUCAACUUUUCUUGACAACGGUUCAAGCCAAUAAUGUUGAUUUACUUCUGCGCUGGUUGAAGGACAAACACCCUCCGCUGUCGACUCGUGAUCAUAAAGGUUGCUCCUUUAUAUGGCACGCCACCAAAUGUAAUGCGGAACAGUGUCUUGAAAUCUUAUUGAAAGAAAUUCCUGCGAACUCGAACACAAUCGUCGACGCUGAUGGGGAAGCAAGCCUUACGCCGUUGCAUAUCGCGGCAUGGCAUGGUUAUGAGGGUUGCUUGCGAUUGUUACUCAGCCAUGUCAAUGGCCGGGGUCUGUUACAGUUGACCGAUGGCAACGGUCAAACACCGUUGCAUAUCGCGGCAUUACAUGGGCAUGAGGGUUGCCUACGCUUGUUGCUCAACCACGUCGAUGACGCGGAUCUUUCGAAAUUGAAAGAUAAUUCCAAGCGAACUCCUCCCGAUUUGGCGGCAACGAAUGGAAAAGUGGGCUGCCUUUCGUUGCUACUCGAGCACCAAGGGGAACGCCUUCGUCCCGUGCUACAUGACUUGAUUGAUCAAGCCGGCGAGCAUUCCGAUUGCUCGCGAUUGUUGAUUCGCCACGGGAAGCCCGAAGAUUUCAACUAUGUUCCUGGAGUCCUUCCUUUCGAAGAAUGCGCUACUCUUUUGCGUUUCAGCGUGGGUUGUCGAUCGAUACCGCCUUUGUUCUACAAUUGGACACAUUCUCGGCAUAGGCCAAGGCUUCCUUUGACAUUGGCUGGGGGGAUAUUGGAUCAAUUGAGGAUACGCUGGACGGAUCCCAAGGAAUUGAAUGAUUCCCACCUCGGAAAGUUCAACGGUGUCGGGCUCGUGAUUGAUGUUGACUCAUCCGAGGACGCAAGUGCCGAAAUGAAAUGUACUCGGAUUGCCGAGUUCCUGAGUGGCCCGGUUAAGCAGAUAUGUGACAGCGGCAUGGUCAUGCAUUUUCAUUGUGAGUACGAUGGUUUCCUGUGAUGCAGCUGCUCUGAGACAUCGACGUAAAGUAUCUCACUUUUCUAUAUGCCGUUUACUGUAUAUUGCAGUUGAAAUCAAGAAAGAUGAUUAUGAGCUCCACGGUCCUCUUAGCGUGUUCAGCGACUUGCAAGACGAAGACUAUUGGGGGGAUAUUGACAACCCCAACGCGCAACUUCUCCAGUGGAUUCUUGAAUUUCCGGAAAUUGUCCUAGGCUACCACCAGCUCGAUGGACGUCUGGCCAAAGUAUGGAUCAACGGGUCUCAAACUUUCCUGCUUGCCGACUGGUUUGACGCGAAAAAAGUGUGCGAUGAUUACUGGGAUCCUAUUCGGA